AUGCUAGCCUUGGUUGUGGCACUUCGUGCAAGCGAAGAGGAUGACGGAAGGCUCCUCACCUCUCCAGUUUACUUUGUGUCAGAACCCGGCAUUGGUACCACUGAUGAAAAGGACAGGUCCGGGCAGAAGGGCAAGGGAAAGGCCAACGACAAGGCCAAGAAGAAGGAGAAAGAGAAGGCCAAGAGCACCUGCAAACGCCCCUAUCUUCAUAUCAUUACAGGGGAGUCUAGUACUUCCGCCAGCACGGCGUAA